AUGGAUAACGCUGAAAUUUCAGUGCAUUGCCAUUUUAAUGGGUUCUUUAAGGAGGAAGGAGACAUUGUCAACUAUGUAGGAGGAUCCUGCUGGCUCGCUUUCAUCAGUGGGGAACUCAGCAAACUCAUCGACAUUGUUGAUGACGAUGAUGUCCGAAACAUAUGGAGACUCUAUAAAAUCCACGCGUAUCUGAUGGAGCUUUAUGCUGUGAGUAACUUAGUCGAGAGAAAUGUUCCUACAUGUGAUCCCGAUGAUAUAGAUGAAGUGCUUACAGAUGAACGGCUGGAGCUGUUGAUUAACAGCCGUUCCGGGGAUGCAUCUACAUCUAUUUCUCAGCCAACAAAUUUUGAAAUAUUUCACUUCCACUUCGUCUCCCGCAUCUCUAAUGGCGGAGCUCAUGAGCUCCCCCCUCCGAUCGCCGCUCCCGGAGGAAGAGCUCCCCCUCCCCGCGCUUCCUCCGCCGCCGACGCCGACGCCGACGCCGAACCACACCACCCCGACCUCUCCUCCGCCGCACCCCGCGGCGGAGGCGAUCGUGCUCCGCGCCGCGCGCCACGACCCGCCGCCGCCGCCGCAGCAGCUAGCCGCCGACGGCGGCGGCUGGUACGCGUGGACCGGUGGCCGCGGCGGAGAGGAGGAGCACCCGCAGUCGCAGUCGCAGUCGCGGGGGCGGUUGCGGCUCGCGCGGCGGCGGCGCUCCUCUGCCUCUUGGCCUUCUCCGUCCUCGCCGCCGACCGGCGCAAGGGCUGGGCCCUCGACUCCUACAGCAACUACAGCCAAUUCCGGUACUGCGUGGCGGUGAACGUGAUCGGGUUCCUGUACGCCGGGUUCCAGGUGUCCUCACAGGUGAUGCAGAUGAAGAAGGGGAAGCCCGUCAUCGGCCGCCCCGCAGGGCACUAUUUCGACUUCGCCAUGGAUCAGGUUUUGGCAUACCUUUUGAUCUCUGCAUCGUCGUCGGCAACAGCUCGUGUUGGGGACUGGGUCUCCAACUGGGGAACCGACCCCUUCCCCAGCAUGGCAAAUGGCUCGAUCGCUGUCUCCUUUCUCGCGUUCCUGGCGUUUGCUCUCAGCUCCCUUAUCUCCGCCUACAAUCUCUUCUGCCCGGACCUAUAGCUUCUCCCGAGGUGCAUUACACAUAUACCUUUGCAUAUCAGAUGACUUGUUCGCGAUACAAUUCUUAUGGAACGCUUUUGAUGCAAUUGUUGUUACAGAAACUUCUGUUUAGUCCUGUCUAUUGUGUUUUCCCCAUCUUUGGUUUUUGUUUCACUAUAUAUUUAGUGAAUCAAACCCUAGAACACAACCGAUGUGGAUUUUUAUGGUUUACAAAAUAGUCUUUUUUCUUUUCUGGUGAA